UUUGUUUUCUUUUUUGGGGGGGGGGAUGUUUUUGCGCGCGCGUGUGUGCGCGUGAGGCUCUAUUGGCCUGUAUAUUCUCGCGCCCCUUUGCACUUUAAUCGGAGCCGCCGCGCGCCAAGAUGAUGUCCAUGAACAGCAAGCAGGCGCACUUCGCCAUGCAUCCGUCCUUGCCGGAGCACAAGUACACCAGCUUGCACUCCAGCUCCGAGGCGAUACGCAGAGCCUGCCUCCAAACGCCACAGCUGCAGAGCAACAUCUUCGCCAGCCUGGAUGAGACCUUGCUGGCGCGCGCCGAGGCUCUGGCGGCGGUGGACAUCGCGGUGUCGCAGGGCAAGACGCACCCGUUCAAGCCGGACGCCACCUACCACACCAUGAGCACCGUGCCGUGCGCCUCCAACUCCACCGUGCCGCUGGCGCACCACCACCACCACCACCAUCACCACCACCACCCCAACCUGGAGCCGCCGGACUUAAUGGAGCACAUCAGCUCGCCCUCGCUGGCGCUCAUGCACGACGGCGGCGGCGGCGGAGGCGGUGGAGGAGGAGGCGGUGGAAACGGCGCGUCGUCCGCGCACCAGCCGCACAUGCACGGACUGGGCCACCUGUCGCACCAGGCGGCCAUGAGCAUGAACUCGCCGCUGACGCACCACGGCCUCCUGCCGGGCCACCACCCGCACCACCACCCUCACCCCCACGGCGGCCAGGCGGGGCUGGCGUCCGUCAACGACGCGGACACGGACCCGCGCGAGCUGGAGGCCUUCGCCGAGCGCUUCAAGCAGCGGCGCAUCAAGCUGGGCGUGACGCAGGCGGACGUGGGCGGCGCGCUGGCCAACCUGAAGAUCCCCGGCGUGGGCUCGCUCAGCCAGAGCACCAUUUGCCGCUUCGAGUCGCUGACGCUGUCGCACAACAACAUGAUCGCGCUCAAACCCAUCCUGCAGGCCUGGCUGGAGGAGGCGGAGGGCGCGCAGCGGGACAAGAUGAGCAAGCCGGACGUUUUCAGCGGCGGCGAGAAGAAGCGCAAGAGGACGUCCAUCGCCGCGCCCGAGAAGCGCUCGCUGGAGGCCUACUUCGCCGUGCAGCCGCGGCCCUCCUCCGAGAAGAUCGCCGCCAUCGCCGAGAAGUUGGACUUGAAAAAAAACGUGGUGAGGGUUUGGUUUUGCAACCAGAGACAGAAACAGAAACGCUUGAAAUUCUCCGCGGCGCACUGAGGAGACGCCCGGGGACUUCCGGUGACUCCAUGUGGGACCAAUGGACCGGCACGCGCACGCGCGCGCGCGCACACACACACACACACACACCAUGGUGCGCAUUCUUUAAUAUUAAUAUUUAAUGAUUUAUUAAUAUUUUCGUUUCAUGAAUGACAAUUGGAGAAAAAAAAAUCAUUUUAUUUUGAAAUAGGAAAAAUAUAUUUCUAAACAGUUUUUUGUUCUGUGUCGAAGGCAAAAAAAAAAAAGUAGAUUUAAAUAAAAACAAAAAAAAACAUUUGACAUGUCGUAUAACAAAAAUAAAAAAAAAUCAGCAGGGAUUUAAAAAACGGAAAUUGUAAACCAGAUUAGCAAUUGAUGUUUUCGUUGCAUCGAUGAAACUUAAAAAAAAAAGAUUUUAAAAAAAAAACAACAACGAAAUUGUAAAAAGACUAAACAAAAAAAAAGCUUUCUAUUUUUCCGUGUCAAAAGAAAAAAAUUAUAAACAAAAAACCAUUGGUUUCGUUUUCAAUUUCAUGCAAGAAUUAAGAAAAUCAGCAGAUGUUCUCUUUUAUUACCAAACCCUGACCGGAAGUUGAAAUCUACAUUUUCGUUUCAUCGAUGGAAAUUAAAGUACAUAUUUUUCAUUUUUGAAAUACAAAGAAAUUGUAAAAAAACGAAACAAAAGCUUUCUUUUUUUUUCUCUCUGUCAAAAGAAAAAAAUAUUGAGGGUUGCAGGUUUGAUUCCCGCUUGUGCCAUCCUAGUUACUGCCGUUGUGUCCUUGGGCAAGACACUUUACCCACCUGCUCCCAGUGCCACCCACACUGCUUUAAAUGUAACUUUGAUAUUGGGUUUCACUAUAUAAAGCGCUUUGAGUCACUUGAGAAAAGUGCUAUAUAAAUAUAAUUCAAUUCAAUUAAAAAAUGUAAUUAUAAUUAAAGAAAAUCAGCAGAAACAAACAAAUAUAUGUUUUAUUUAAUUAUCGGAACCGGAAAUUGAAAUUCAGAAUAGUAAUCGACAUUUUCGUUUAUUCAAUGGAAAUUUAAAAUAAAUGUUUUAUUUUGAAAUACAAAAAAACUUGUAAAAUAAAUAUACAUUUAAAAAAAAGCUUUUUUUUCAGUGUCAAAAGCAAAAAGUAGAUAACCCCCACCCAGAUAUAUUUCUUUUCAAAUUCAAUGUAAAAAAUUAUGAGAAUCAGCAGAACCAAAACAGAUGUUUUCUUUCAUUACCAAACCGGAACCGGAAGUUGAAAACCUGUAAUCAAUUUCUCGUUUCAUUUAUGGAAAUAAUAAAACGGAUUUUAUUUUGAAAUACGGGAAACUAGUAAAAAAAAAAACAUCUAUUUUUCGGCAUCAAAAGCAAAACGAGAUACCAAAAAAAACAAAACAAAAACGAAAUGUUUUAUUUGACAUUUCGUACUAACAAAAACGGACCAAAAUGGAGAAGUUUUGAUUCAUUGCAUUUGUUGAAAUCCUGCAAAUUAUUUAUACUUUAAAAAAAAACAAACAUUUUUUUUAAUCAUUAUUUGGCCAAUCCGCGGUCUUGUCUUUAAAUAACAACAUCCGGUUCCGGAGUUGGAAUAUGAUUUAAAAUAUAUAUAUAUAUAUAUAUAUAUAUUUUUCGUUUCUGCUGAUAUAUAUAAAAUAAAAUAAAACAUUAAUCUAACAUUUUUAAAUAUAUGAAAUAUAGAUUGUUGCUUUUCUACACUGAAAAAAAUAUUAUUUGUUCCUUUCAAAAUAAAAUUUGAAUAAACUAUUCAUGAAACGAAAGUGUGAACGACCCAAACACACACACACACACACACACACACACACUUCUUCACACACUCCUUCACACACACACACACACACACACACACUCUUGUUCACGUUCUGGUGAACAAAGUAUGCAAACACACUCCGUUCAAGUUCCGCGACGUCGACGUUGCCUUUUCUUUCUUUUUUUUUUUUUUUAAGACACCGAAAGAGGAAGAUUUUCUCGCCACUUGACGAGUUAAUUUCUCCUAAUAAGCCUAUUAUUUGAACUAUAGCCAUUUUUUACAAAUUACCUCAUUGAUUGUCGUACUUGUGUUGAUUUAUUCAUGAGUUAUGUAUUAUUUAAGAGGCUGCUACAUAAAUAAAUCAACAUUUCGUUGCAAAAAAUAACGAAAAUGUAAAAAAAAAAAAAAAAAAAAGAAAGCCUGCAUGAUAAAUCACAGGCGGUAUUUUAUUUAUUUAUAUAUUUAUUUAUGUAUGUAUUUAUUUAUUUAUUAUUUAGAUUUCGAUUUGCACAAAAAAGGCCCUUUACUGAUAAUUUGUGUCCACGUGUUUUUUGUAUAUACAAACUUCACUUUAUCACAAUACUAGAAUUGUGUUGGAAUAAUAAUAAUAAUAAUAAAAAAAAGAUGGGCUCCUUAAACACUUUGAAUUAACAGCACGAAUGAGAAGAAAAAUGGAUCGGAAUGGUUUCUGUGUUGAGUUUGCAGUGCAAACAUUCUAUGCAUCGGAAGAUGAAUUGUGUUGAGAUGACGUCAUGACUGCCUGUUUCCACACCUCGCCUUGUUUGUCGUGUUCAGCGUGGAAGACAACUUGUAAGUAUAUUCAUAUUUUUUACUCGGCAUAUUAUAUGUUUACAAAGUCAUGGAAAUGUCUCUUAAAGUCCUCACACACCAACUUCUUCUUCUUCUCUCUUUAUUUCUGCUAGUGUUUCUGUGGAAAAAACAUCAAAUAGAACUUUCUGGUCGGGAAUGGCCCACAAAUGAUUAAUAAUUCAGGGGGGGUUUGCAAAGUGUGGCCCCGGGGGACAUUUGAGGCCGCAUCUCGUUUUUUUAACGGCUCAUCCUAAGAAAUAGUGUAACAAAAAUAUUAAAAUGCGUUGAGUCACUAAAAUAACACAAAUAUGUUGUUUUUUUGAUCCAAUAAUUUUUUUUAUAGU